CGCGCUCCGAGAGGAGGCUGAGCCAGCGCAGAGUGGAGGCAGUGGGAGGGCUUUUUCUCUCUCUCUCUCUCUCUCUCUCUCUGUUUGUCGCUGGGUUUUUGAAACAUAGGAAGAGAAAAAACAGAAACGGCGAGCAGCCACCGAGCCACGCCGCCCACUGGAACAAGGCGAAGCGCGCGUCAACACAUUUCGCAACCGCCGCCGCUGCCCCGAUUAAACGUACGGAGGAGCGCAGGAGAGCAGACAGCUCCAGACAGAGAGGGAGAGGGAGAGAGACUGCUGCUGUGGAUCCGACAGGGGAACUGACAAAAGGGCUCUUGUAUCUUGCAACAUGUCGGAGGGCACCGUUGUUCAGCUGAUGUGGAGGUAGAGACGAUCACAUGAGGCUCUCCAGGAUGAACGACCAUGUUGCCAAGGAGCUGUGACAGCACUGUGAAGUUGUGGACGGUGGUGAAACAUCAAGUAUCGGAGCCACUUUCUUAGCUUCACUUGGAGUUGUGCAACCUUUCUGCAAGACCUGUUUGACUUACCUUCUCUGAAACAAUUACAGUGAAUAUAAUAAGGGACCACCUUGCCAUCUUGAAAAAAAAAAUAAAUAAUGGAGACUCUUUCCCAAGAUUCGAUUCUGGAGUGCCAGAUCUGCUUUAACUACUACAGCCCCCGCCGGCGGCCCAAACUCCUGGAUUGCAGACACACGUGCUGCUCGGUGUGUUUGACCCAGAUGCGCAGCAGCCAGAAGGAGAUUCGUUGUCCAUGGUGCCGUGGCGUCACCAAGCUCCCUCCGGGUCUGUCCGUCUCCCAACUCCCAGAUGACCCGGACAUCAUCACUGUCAUCGCCAUCCCUCACGCCUCUGAGCACACGCCCGUCUUUAUCCGCCUCCCCAGCAACGGCUGCUACAUGCUGCCACUGCCCAUCGCCAAGGAGCGGGCGCUCGGCCUGCCUGGGGAGCUUGGAUGUCGUUUCCUGCCUGGCAGCCAGCAGAAGGGGGUGACGGUGGUGACCGUGCCCGAGCAGCAGCCUCUGGGCCUAGGUAUGGCUCUGGAGGGUGUGGGGGUGGGGCUGGAGGGUGUCGAGGGAGAGAGGAGAGUUACUGGCCCGGUGGGAGGUGGUGGGAAGGGCUCCACGUGGUCCGGCGUGUGCACGGUGAUCCUGGUGGCGUGCGUGCUGCUCUUCCUCCUGGGCAUCGUGCUGCACAACAUGUCCUGCAUCUCCAAACGCUUCACUGUCAUCUCCUGCGGCUGAGGGCGAGGGGAGGCUGCUCGGACUGCCACGGACCCCCCCUGGAUUCCCCCUCUAGCCCUGCCUCUCCUCAGAGCGGGACUCUGCUGAGGAGAGGGGACUAAACUCACAUCAUGGGCAUCUAAGGAAACUACAGAGCAACGUAGAGAGAAACCGAUGAAGAAGAAGAAGAGAACGGGGAGGAGAUCCACAAACAGUCUGCCAUUGUGUCCCAUCUUUUUUUAUUUGGGAGACUGAAAUUAAAAUGGAAAUACAGAUACAAUCCUUGUCCAAUAGCAGUCUGCCGGCCCUGAAAAUCCCAUCCCUUUUCCCAUCCUUUCAUUUUCUCCGAAAAAAGAACGCUUUUGGGAAUUACUCCAGUUAUGUUUUUGGCCCGCUGAUUUGUUUUUUGGCCAGCUGAUAUGUUUUUUGGCGAAGGGCCGAUUUGACACUCGCACUCACGGCCGUUGGAUUGCCUGUUUAGUCUGUGGUUUGUAGAAGUACAUCAGUUAUCAUAGUGUUGUUUAGCUGAGUGUAGGUUCCAAGUGCGGUGUCUCCAGCCGGUGCUGCAGUACAAAGAGUUCGGACUUGGCUGCUCUCCGUUCUCUGAUGCUGCAGGACUUAACUGUGCAGGAUCCACGUCUGGCUGCUUUUUGAAUCAUCAACACAGGGUUCAUUCUCUCUCUCUUUUUUUUUUUAUUCCUUUCACACAACCUGUUUCCUGUUCAGAACGAACUGUUGCUAUGAUGGCUCCAUGUGGUUAGUGGUUAUAACGCCAAAACAUGGAUUGUAUUAUGUUCAUUCAUGCCAGCAUAUUACAGGUCUAAACUAAAAACACAGCUACUAAUGAGUUGCUUUAUUAAGGCUUAAACGUUGGGAUUUUUGCUGAAAUGAUUAGUCAAUUAAGAGUUUGGUUGGUAAAUAAAUGAUUUAUCAUUUAUGACUUUUAUCAAGCAAUCAAGUUUUUUCUGUUUUGUAUCAUUGUAAUUGGGUUUUGGACUGUUGGACACCUUGGGCUCUCAAAACUUGGUCACUUUCUCAUUGUACUAAAUGUUUAAUCUUUAUUAUCACUAGUCGCUGUCCUAUUUUGAAUAUGAUGGGAAACUUUGUGUAGCCAAGGAUGCUAGCUUCCAAAAAUGUACAGGCUAGGUGAUAAAACAAAGAAAUUGCUCAAAAUACUGUAUUUCUACUCAGAAUUUGGUGACAGAAUAACCAACGAAUAGUUCGACAUUUUGGGAAAUACGUUAAUUUUGCAUUCUGUCCGAGAGUUAGGUCAAUACCUCUCUAAUGUCUGUGCGUUAAGUUCGACUCUAGAGCCAGAGGGUGAUUAGCUUAGCAUAGCAUCCAUUGUAAGCAGGUAGAAACAGUUAGCUUAGCUCUGUCUCAUGUUAAGACACUUUAUCAUCACUUCUAAAGCCCACUUAUAAACAUGUCUUAUCGUGUUUGUUUAAUCUGUACAAACAGAAAUGUAAUGUCAUGCCAGGCACUUCAUGCUAUGUGAGUUACAGCUCAUAAACCCACAACUUUAUAUUUAAAAAUGUGUUUGUACAGGUUGAACAAACAGGAUAAAACGUGUUGCAGUAGUUUUAGUUUUGAAGAUAAUCUGGCUCUAGCUCUGCAUAUGUAAACUGGUAUUGAUCUCCAACUCUCGGCGAGAAAGCCAAUCAGCGCCAUGUCAAACAAGUUGUUUAAAUGAACAUUCAAAAUUGGAUAUUCAAGGCAACAUUCUUGUUUUUUAGUGUUUAUUCUGCAGUGCAUCCAUUUUUUUUUUUUUAUUUCCCACGGAUGCUAACAGUUUGUUGUUAUCUUCCAUCGAUUAGUCAACCGUCCAUCUACUUUUCCCCCUGACCUGCAGACCACCACCGACUCUCCAGCUUUGACCGGGCUCUUCACCGACAGCCCACGCACACACACUAUCGACUCCCCUUCAUCUUAAUACCUUCCUUAAUUUAGAAAACUGGUGGAUACGGGCUCAACAGUGCGAUGGUGUGUGUUUUAUGUGUGUGAGUAAUGGGUCAGCAGCGGGUCAAGGAGUGGGCGGACCGUGCAGGGUUCCAGUUAAUUACGACUGUAUCGAUUUAUCUGCUUUUUUGAAUAUCUCUCGCAUCCGCAGAGAUGGAUGUUUUCUCUUUCUUUUCACUUUUAUAUGUUGAGGCAAGCAAUUUGUCUGUUUACUGUAUCGUUUCAAGCAAUGGCGUGUACAGUACACGCAAACAGGGUGAACUCUUUUUGUAUAGCAGCCUCGUCAUGUACAGAAUGAUUGUAAUUUCCUUGUCUUUUUCUGAUAACUUUUAUUUUUUGUUGACAUGUUUUACUCGGUUUGUUUUAAGAGUCUGAUGUGAGAUUAGGGAACUUGUGCUUGCUCCAAGAGAAACAAGUUAUUCAGUACACUUCAAGGCACUCAGAGUUAUGAUGACACACCAGUGACACAACAUAAGGAAAUAAAGUUUUGGUGUUUAGUAUAUAAAGAAUUAUAUACUGUACCAAAAUGUUAUAUAUAUAUAUAAAUACGUAUAUCCACUUGUUCACUUAAAAACAAGUCCUAGACAUCUAAACUAUGGAUGAUCCAGUCACUGGAGGUUAAAAAGGUGACUUUUCCCUUAUGAAUUACAAGAAUAUUUACAUAUCAGCAUGAUUUUACAGUUUUAAAUCAAACUCUGAGAUCUCUAUUGAACAGUAAAUGUCUUUAAAAAUGAGCAAAAGUCUUUGAUUUUGUUCAAACUUAAUUAAUUUUUAUUUUGCAUCUCAUUAUAUUACGAUUUCACCCCCUUUCACCACAGAAAAGUCUUGAGAUUCCUUCCCUGUUAAAUAGACUUUGGACAUUCAAAUCAGACUUAAAUGGAUUAAAUCAAAAACAGCCAUUAUGCAGCUCAAGGCUUCGUGCACAGGAAUAUUCUGUUAUGAAAGCGUUCGGGCUACAAUAGGGCAACUAUUUGUUUUGCAAAUGCAGUGAGAAACGCAGUCGAGGUUCAGCUGAACUUGUUCACGUGGGACACGCUGCUGGUUGCAGCUCCUGUUGUUGCAGCUCCUGUUGUUGCUAUGAGACUGUACAGAAAGCCCUUUUGAAGUGCAGCGCUAUAUAUUUUAUAUAUUUUUAGCUCCGAGGACUCUGCGCUCGGUGGAAUUAAAAAAAAAAAGUGUUAAUUUCUCAGCAUGAUGUCUUUUUUAAAGGGGAAUCUUGAUAAAGAAGUUUUUAAUAAGGCAUACUUUGUUAUUAUUGGUUAAUGAAUUAUUACUUAAUGCUUUAUAAAUCACUUAUGAACCAUUUAUACAAACCUUUACUGUAGGUUGAAAAAAAAUAAAUAAAUAGCUGUUGCUGUUUCUCGUCCACCAUGUUUCCUUAUCAAACACUUUAAAUCAUAAAUAGAACUGGCUAACUCAACCCAAAAGUUGUCAUUAAUGCAUUAUUAUUGAUCUAUAAAGCAUUAAUAACCAUUCAUACGGAUAUUUCAUGUACUUUAUACCUUAUUAGAAAGUAGUACUAAGAAAUCACUGAGAUCACCCAAAUUACAAAAGAAAAUCCCACAUUUUCUGUAUUUAGCCAUACAGAUAAAUUAAAAGUAAUAAAUAUAAUGUAGGGAUUUAAGUUUUGAUGCUUCAAAUAUGGAAAGAAAUACAGCCAAGAGCAACACUUCUUUCAUUUCUGUGUAAAAGCCCUAACUUAAUCAGAGUAACAGGGGGUCUAGAAAGAGCUGAAACUCGAUUUAUCUCCAAAUCUGUACAAAUUAAACCAACACUAUCUGCACAGCUCGAUACCACGUGGUGUAAAAGGAAGUGCAAAAAGUUGCUUUUUAGUAAUUUGGGUGAACCGGGCCUUUAAUAUUCGGUCUAUGCAGCCACUUUGGGUCUCAUCAGCUCAUUCUGUUUAGCAAAUAUUAGCCUGUUAGCUUUAAAAAUGCCUGAUUAUUACUUUUAUUAACCACAAUUUCACACUAAAAUGAACAUUGGUUACAUUUUAAAGACUUUCUUGCUGAAUCCUCAUGUUGUUUUCUGGUUCUUUUAGCUUUAUUCUGCUCAUUUUUUCCAAUUGGUCUGAUGACCGGAUGUGGUUGCUAGGAGAUUUCUGGCACAAAGCCUCGAUAUCGGCUGUGGAUCUUACGCUUUCACGACGGUCCCCUCCAAGUCACUGGAUCAUCAUGUAACCCAAACACUGCAAAAAACCCAUCUGUCUUAUUUAACUUAAAAGAGGAAAGUAAAAUGCAGUUCCUGAUUUUGGGGGAUUUUGGAGCUAUAAAACAUGAAUGUAGGAGAAAACUGUAGCUGCAGUAACUGGUUAAACUGGAGAUUUUUUGCAGGAAACAGAAACUCAAACCAGUAUGAACAGCCCUAACAUGCUCUUGGUGAUUAUCCACACACCAGGUUGACUCCAUUCAUGAUAAAUGAACCUGUCUUUAGUCCUUUCCCUCUGCCAAUCCAUCAUGAAUGAGGCACUGCACGUGAUGUAACGCCUGGGGGGGUUAGAGAAACAAAUGCACCUCUUUUAUUCUUUUUUUUCCUACACAAUUAUAGUGUCUGUAUAGUGAUAAUAUAUGAGAUUAUUGAUCUGAAGACGGUGAAAUCCCAUUAUUAUUUGAAUGCAAACACUGUAAAAUGCUGUCAUGCACAAAACCAAGGAUACACACAAGGUUAUUCAGAUAUCGAUCAGCCAUUUUGGUUGUUGUGUUUCAUAUUUUUUCCUGUUAAACAAAGAUCAGUAUGGGUGAAACCGAAUAUUUUAUAUCAAUCUGAUCUUUAACAUAAAGCUCUGUUCCCAUUCAUCAUUUAUUCUGUGAUUUGCCUCUGACUCUCCUUCCUGUCCUAUGUAAUAUCUGUUUUUAUUUUCCUCAAAUGGAAAACUGCCCUGAAUUUUUACAGAAACUUAAAAGAGUGACGACUAGAGAAGCGUAGAAAGGAGGCUUGUCAUUUCUGUGCCUGUGUGUUUGUAAAAUGCCGUGAAGUUCCUGUUGUAGUUUCCUGUUUGUGUCAGGUCGAUGACGGCUGACCACGCAAGCAGCAGCUGUUUUUGGUGAACUAUUAAAGCAAAUGCUCUGAA